AACACCUGUUACUGGAUUUUUUGUUUCAAGAUGAAUUCAUUAGGUUAGAGCAUCAUUAGGUUGUAUAUCGCAGAAGUCUCCAGUGGCAUGCUUCGAAAAUUCUUGUCACUGGCACAGCUUAACAUGAAGUAAAACUGUACAGGAGACUCAAUUUGUUAGAGUCUUCGCAGAACAUCUCUUCUCACAAAAUUGAGGGCAGGGCUGACUUAUUGCCUGUUGUGUCGUGUGGGAGACAGAACUUCUCGACUUCUUUUUAAUACAAUAUACAUUUUUUUUGAUUAUUAUUACUAAAUAUAUUUGAUUUCACUUUCCCCUUUUUUCUUUGGUAUUACAUCACGAGAACAUUCGUCUGAAAGAUGUAUUAAGGUACAGGACACCUAACCUCUCCCAUGUUCUGGUUAUAUUUAACUUGCAUGGGUGCGCACUCUUCUCGCAGUAUUCUCUGUGACGAUGAAGGUCGGACUGACUUGUGGCAUGGUUCCAAAUGGUCUUCCGUCUUUUGUUCGAGUCUCAGUGUAAUGCACCAGCCGAGUGUUAGCAUGAAGGAAUGGGACCAACAUGCUUUAUGUUGUAUGUUUUUAAAGGUCUAAUCAUGGAGGUACAGAGCAGCGUUGAUGUUAGACAGGAUACCUGUCUCUCUUUUCUGCUUUCGCGCUUCGAUGUCUGUCCUGCUUUUGUAACCCUGCUUAUUUUAGCGCACUAUCGCAAAAGGGAAAAAUGAUGAGUUUAAUUUAGUAGAGUCCUUGAUGUUCGCGCUACAUAUUGGAAGAAUAUCAUAAAAACAAACUUUAAUUAGACAGUAAAUUCUGCCUCUCUCUGUAUCGUUGGAUAAAUUAAAGUAGUAUUCUUUUCUAUUGAUUUUUUAAUAUUUUUUAAUAAAAAAUAUAUCCAUCUACUGAGUAACUUAGGCAACCUCGUCCCCAAGGAUUGUUGAGAACAAGGUUGGCGAAACUCACUUGAGCAUCAUACCCCGCCUAGGUCGACAGGUUAUAGAUCAGUAAUUGUUACAAAUAAAUUCAAAUAAGUUUUAAAUUUGAAAUUAAAGAGAUCAUGCACACACCUGCUGCUAAUAUCUUAUUUUUUUGUUUUAUUGCUUAGACGGCUAGAAUAUCAUGUUGAAUUAUUUUUUUUAAAAAAAAAAACAAAUCAUUCGUACAGAGAUCGAUGUGGAAAGUACAUUGGAUUUUUUUAACUUUGUUGCCACAGUAUAUUAAUUGUUUUUGGCUAUGAAAGUCAUUAAUAAUAGUGAGUGAAAGUCGUUAAUUUGUGAGCGCUACUGAAAUACUACGUAAUAGGGUGACGUGCAACUAAAAAGGACUGGAGCUAGUUUGAAUUUUUAACGAACAAGAAGAUCGAAGCGGCCAUCAAGGCCGCAAGAAAAACAAAUAUUUAAAAAACGAUAUCUGGGGUUUCAUUAACUUUUAACAAAAAGUGAAUAUGUCAUUGGGAAUAACUUAUGAAAAUCUUUCAGGAUAAAAAUAGCUACAUUGAGCACUACAGGAAGUACUACGCAUCAAACUUUGAUCGCUAAAAAUAAGAAUCAGGUAAAGUUGGUCACACUUGUUAAUGAAAGCAAAGUGAUCACUUACUGUCAAUGCUACAUGAUCCUGUUAAUCUGCCAAUUGAUGAAAAUCAAUUGUAUCUAGCAUUGUUGCAAUUUAAAAAGCACUUGAAUCAUUUAAGAAGAGACCAACUGGAGAUUAUAUUUCCAAAAAGUAAACAGACAAUAUUCAAAUUUUUGGAUAUCCCAAUUUUGUGUGAUAUUUUGAUUAACUACUGUCCAGGGGUACACGCACCCAUUGGUGGGUGGAAAAUUAAAGCGCCAUUACCGAAUGCUUUUAGUGAUGGUGCUGAUAUUAUUCGCAUUAGGAAUGCAAGGAACAGUGUUAUGCAUGCAAGAGCACUGAAUUUUAUGCCAUAUAAUCAAUUAUGGAACACCAUAGAAGGUAUUUUAAGAAGACUUUGUUACAAUAUAACUAAAAUAGCUGACUUACAAUCUGGUUGCUUAAAAGAUUUGGAAAUGUUCAAGAUUGGGAUAAUGCAAACAGAUUAUGAAAUUCAAAAAUGUCAACCAGAACCAAAGCGAAAUCACACAGAACCAGAAAGAGAUUAAAGAAAACAAAGAUGACAUCCAACAAAACAAAGAUGCUAUCCAACAGAACAAAGACGAUAUUGAACAAAAUCAAGAUGAUGUCAAACACAAUAAAUAUGACAUCAAACGAUUAGAAGCUGAAGUGGAAUCAGUAAAAAGGAGUAUUAUUACUUUACCGUCUUGUGGUCACAAAACAUCUCACUUGCAAGAAACUACAUUAAGAGGACCAAGGAAAUGCUGUACAUGUGUACGUACAUGAUGUAUCACCUGUAAAAACGUCAAGAAGGAACAGUAAUGUGGCGUAUUUCAAUAUGAAACUUUAGGCAGAAGACAAAAAUUACCGUGGAAUUUCCUAUCGUAUGGAUUUGAAGGAGGCAUUCGAUUCUGCAAUGGAACAUAAAUCGCCAGUAAAAAUAACCACCGUUGUAACCAGGCCGAAUAAGUUCUCAAAUGAACUCAUGGAUUUAGAAGUUACGAGAGAUUCCAAUGUAGAACCGACAGAUGCGUCCUUUGAAUUAAAGCCAAUGACAGUACAAUCUGUAGAUGUCACAGUCAAGGAGAUCAAAGGCGGAAACCAUGUGAACCAGUUGGUUAAUGUAAAGGGUUAUUUAACUGUCGAAGACAGACCGACAACACUCAUUACAACAAAGUAUUCUGUUGAGCCAAUCCUAAUGAAAACUGCCAUUAUAAAUGAUGAAAAUGAUAACAUGUUUGUGGAACUAUGGGGAUCAUUUGCAACAAAUGUUACUACAAAUGGCUCAUAUGUAUUGCGGAAUUUACGUUUGAAGGAAUGGCCAACAGGACUCUUCAAAUUAUCAACGCAAGGUGUGUCUAAAGUUGUGGCAUCUGAUGAAAUAUUUGCUCCUUGUAAUGAUGACGUAGCCAACAUUGAUUUUCAAAUUGCAGAUUUCCCCCCGAUGAGUAUUGAGUCCAUAUCUCGAAAGUUGGCGUGUCCCAAGUGUCGGAAAACAUCACAGGAUAACCAUUCAACCUUGUUCAUAUGUUAGCAUUGUCAAUUAUCUACAUUAAAAAAGAAUGCUAAGAUAAAUUUUACAUUAUCAGCAAUGUUCUUGGUUGAAAACAAGCCUGAAACAAUCACAUUGUUUUGGAAUAGUGUUGAAGAUUUUUACACCAAAGUUGCAAUGCCGAUUCCAGGUGACCAGAAUCAAGUUGUGUAUGAUAUGCUGUCGAAAGUUGGGCUCAAAAUACUAUUUGAUCGCAAGUUCCACUGUGUUGGUUCAAGUAAUGCAUUGAAUAGACAAGCAUAAACAGAUACUUUAUACUUUUAUAUUUUGUUUACUUUAUUCGAUUUUUUGAGAUGUAGUUUAUAACUCUUGUGACUUUGCGGUAUAGCAAUAAAUGUGUUCUUUAAAACAGGAGUUAUUUUACUCCUGUUUUAAAGAACACAUACACAUAGUAUAUCUUUACUAUAUUGAUUUGCAUCUCACGAUUUUCAUGUUGUAUCACUCUUGUGAUUUUGCGGUAUAGCAGUAAAUGUGUUCUUCAACGGGAGUAAAGUUUAGAGUUUGUAUAUCUUUACUAUAUUGAUUUGCAUCUCCAGAUUUUUAUGUUGUAUCACUCUUGUGAUUUUGCAGUAUAGCAAUAAAUAUUCUUUAACAGGAGUGAAAUUUACAGUAUAUCUUUACUAUAUUGAUUUGCAUCUCAUGUUGUGUUUAAAAUAAAAAAAGUAUUUCACUUGAUUAGUGAGUAUAUAAUCAUUUUUCCUGGCAAUACUUUUCAGACCCCUGAACUUU